UAACUCCGAAUAGUGGUGUAAUGCGCGUGCGCGAAACGGUAUUUUUUAUAACACACUAAUACUACUUUCUUUUUGGUUAAUCGUACGUCGGAGAGAGCUAGCUAAACAUGGCUAAGUCUUCUGAGAAGAAAGGAAAAAGUGCCAUCAAUGAGGUGGUAACCCGUGAAUAUACGGUAAAUCUUCACAAACGUCUUCAUGGUGUUGGAUUUAAGAAACGUGCUCCACGAGCUAUCAAGGAGAUUAGGAAGUUUGCUGAGAAACAGAUGGGAACUCCUGAUGUUCGAAUAGAUACACGUCUCAAUAAACAACUGUGGUCCAAGGGCAUCAGGAAUGUUCCGUUCAGAGUUCGUGUAAGACUAAGCCGAAGAAGGAACGAUGAUGAAGAUUCUGCAAACAAGUUAUACACUCUAGUUACAUACAUACCUGUUGCAUCUUUUAAAGGACUUCAGACUGAAAAUGUAGAUGCCAGUCAGGAUUAAAUAUAAAUCUGUAUAAUAAACGGUAAAUUUUAAACUUA